AGCGGAUGGAUGUGCGCGGAUGUCUCAGACUCGCUGCAACUGAAUUACAUGACGCAGUCAUCUGCCCGCACAUGUAUAGGAACUUCGAGGAGGGUCCGCCAUGGUAUAAAAAGGCUAACGCCACAGGGGCAACGCCACCGGAUCAAUCCGAGUAACCCCGCUGCUCGAAAUGUCAACUUCAAACUGGACUUGUCCACCUGCACAUCCAUUCAUCCCCGCUACUCCGGGCGAUCGACGUUCUCCUUGCCCAGCGCUCAAUACCCUAGCAAAUCAUGGGUACUUGCCACGCAAUGGACAAAACAUUGGACUUUGGCAUCUAAUAUGCGCAGUCCAAGAAGUGUACAACCUGUCCUUCGUCCUGGCAGCCUUUCUUUCCUUGGCAGGAGUCCUACUUUGUGGUCACGCCUUACGUCUGGACCUUGACGCACUGGCCAUGCACAACAAAAUUGAACACGAUGCAUCCCUCGUUCACGCAAAUGCAUCGGGUCAACAACGUGCACCUACUGAGGUCGACCCCGAACUUCUCAAGUCGUUCUUAAGCCAUGCAGAUCCUCAAGGAGGCAUGAGUCUGUACGACUUCGCACAAGUACGCAUAUGUCGCGAAGCCCAACUCUCUCGUCCACUCGACCCCAUCCAUUCCCAGAUAGGGGCUGGUGAAGCAGCUCUGUGUUGGUUGCUUCUCAAGCAAGAUAAUGGUCGCAUCCCGUCAAGCACACUUUCACAGUGGUACGGGGAAGAACGUCUGCCCGAUAACUGGGCGCGACCACGUCAUGUUGUAGGGUUGCUCAAUGCGCGCACAAAGGCGGUGGAAGUGGCAAACAUCAUGAGCAGUCUCAGAAAAUCUACUUGCCGUGGUGCACCGUCGUGCUCCGACUUCAAUGUCAAUGUCUUGAGCCUAAGGCCGAUACUCAAGUAUGAUUCAUAGAAUGUCUGUGCAAUAUAUAUACUACUACUGAUGUAGAGCCUUCCGCCUUCCAUCAUGCAUUCUUCCUAGCUCAGUUAACGUGCUGCCUGUUGUUGACGGAGACUUCAAAUAACAGUCUGAAGUGUAUCAUAGUCUUGAGAGCGUAUAGACAAGUGUUCCGAGUUAAACAACUGGUUACAAUCAACCAGGAGCCUACCAGCAAUCUCUGCUUCUGCCAAAUUACUUGUUGUUUCCCUCAUAUAUUAGGAACGAUCGUCUUCCUUCUUUCAGAAUC